AUGGCUUCAUUCAGCGCCUAUCCCCCCUUCGUUCACCACCCAUCCGCGCCGCAACCUCUCGACGUUACCACCGCCCAUACCAUGCUAAGCACCUUCCUUCAACUCGCCAACCUCGACCCGGCCUACCGCCCUGACAGCAUCCUCUCCGAACGUGGCCCGGAAUCAAACUCGUCUGCUGGAAACCCGAAUCUAACCCUCCAUCACCUAAACCGCAUCAAGCUCGGCCUUGAGGGCGUCAACCUUGGCGUUGAGGAUCUAGAAGCCGGCGGCUUCGGCAAUCGAAGGGCCACCGGGGAUAGAGAUAGCGGGGCGAAGAAGCGCAAAUGGCAGAAUCGAGAUUCAGACGUUCCGCCGCCAGUCAGGGCCGGCAGUGCAAAAGUUGUCUCCACUGCCGAUGAAGACGUCGACGCUGUUCUGACGGCGCAGCACGCGGAUGCGGAACAGGCGCAGGCGGCUGCUGCUGCGACCGGCCAGGGCUGGCAGGACCGCGAGGAUUUCGAACUGGCGCAGGAUGAUGGGGAUGUGGACUUGAAUAAUGCGCAGAGGGAUCCUGCAGCGGGGAGCGCGGAUGUCGAAGGGAAGGGGGAGGAGAUUAUGGACUGGGACACUGGGCAGAUGGUUACGAUGCCAGAUGAGCUAGAGGACGGAGGUAGCGCGGUGGAGGUCACAAGGCCAGGCGCGAUGGUCGAUGCACAUCCAGAAAACCAGGAGAGGAACCAGCCCCCGAUGGUGCGAGAUCGACCGUUAACUGAGAUGGAGAAAGAGGAGAGGAAAAGGCUCAAGAAGAUCAGAUCGGACAACGAGAAGAAGACAGCAACUACAAGAAAGCCGAAGGAGCGGUCGAAACUGACGUCGAAAUUGGGGAAUGGCAAUGACAAAGCCAUAGAGGCAUCAUUCCGUCGCAAGAAGGCGAAAUAG